CCUAGCCAUUUCACUCUUCUUCCCUCCCUCCAUUUUUCUAUCUUCUCUCACCAAACCCACACCUAAAAAUGGAUCCAAACGAAACCACUACAACAACAACAACAACCGGUUCUUUUUCUCUAUCUCCAUCUCCUUCUCCUUCAUCCUCUCCCCCUCUUCCUAUCCAUUCUCCCCCAUCUGUUGUAGUCAGCCCUUGCGCCGCAUGCAAAAUCCUUCGCCGAAGAUGUGUCGAAAAAUGCGUUCUGGCACCUUAUUUCCCGCCAACGGAACCACUCAAGUUCACCACUGCUCAUAGGGUGUUUGGUGCCAGCAACAUCAUCAAGUUCUUGCAGGAACUCCCAGAAAGUCAGAGAGCAGAUGCAGUAAGCAGUAUGGUGUAUGAAGCGAAUGCUCGUAUUAGAGAUCCGGUGUAUGGAUGUGCAGGAGCGAUUUGCCAGCUCCAGAAACAAGUAAGCGAGCUUCAGACGCAACUAGCCAAGGCGCAAGCAGAGCUGAUCAACAUGCAGACCCAACAGGCUAAUCUUGUGGCCAUCAUUUACAUGGAGAUGGCUCACUCUCAAUCCCAACCGUUGGUGGACUCCUACUUGGCCAAUAAUCCUCAAAUCUUCCAGGCUAAUAACGGCAGUUUCCCUGAAGACAGCAGCAAUCUUGGCCACGUGUGGGAACCGCUGUGGACAUGAAAGUAGUUCUGUGGAUUGGCAGAGACAAAUAUAACUAAUUUCUUCUUCUUCUUCCCCCUUUUUCUUUAAUAUAUAAGUUACUGCAAGUUACUAAGGAUGCUGAUUACUAAAUCUCAAAGAGCUUUCAACAUAGCUAAUAUGAAAUCGCUGCAUUGGAUCUCUCUCUC